UGGUACUUAACAUGACCAUGUCCUCCCUCCGCAUCCCUCAACCUCCAAAAUCACAGACUUCUCAAAAUCUUACUCCAAAACCCAUUCUCUUCACCAAUCUCCUCUCCUUAGCCCUCACUGCAACCUUAAACUCUCCAUUUUCCUCCUUGGCUAUCGCUUCUCUUAACUCUCAGCCUCCCCUUCUCUUUCCCACAACCCAUUUUCUCAAUCCAAGAACCUGCAGAUUGGACUAUAAAAUGGGAAAAUCAGGCCUUGCCCAUCUACAAACCCAGGUUGUGUUUCAACAAAUCCGCAAUCUUCAUCAUUUGCAUUCCCAUGGAGGAUUCCAGAGAAUAAGUUGCAGGAAGCAAUCCUGAAAAUGUAGAAAAAUGCCAAGAUUCAAGUCAUUGAAGAUACCCCAAAUGGCAAUCAACACCAUAUAUAUGCAACCAUAGUAAUUAUGUAACAAAAUUUGAAAGACUUUGAACACCAUGAACGAUUGCUUUACACUAGGAGAAAGAAGAGGAUACGAGACAUACAAAAACAAGUUUAGGCCUUUAAUAUACUUCAUUAUGAAUUUUAGAUGUGAAUGUGAAUGUGAGAAUAGGUACAUUGAUUGAUGCUCAUUUUAAUUUUUACAAGUAAUUUCUUUGGUCUUUCAAGCCAAUAAUUACAAGCUGAGGUUAAUGGAGGGUUUGACCGCGAUUUGCUUUAGUUUUUGGUAGAAGGAGAUGUAGUUGCUAAUAGAUCUAUGGCUACAAAAGUAACCUAUGUAUACCCUUUCACAACAGCCUUGGGGGAUUCAGAAGGACAGGAAGAAAGAGUGAAGAAAAUCUUGGACGAAUUAGGCUGGUAUGUUCCAAGUUUUUAUUCCAUGGAUUAGAUUUAUGUUAUAUUGCCUGACCAACAAGAUGAUUAAAUUUAGUCCUUGUUUUGAGUUAGCUUCAUCAGUGAGUGGAUGUUCUCAAGGAUAUCAGUGGCAAAUCUUAUCUGGUAUUCACUGGUCCUGACUGAUUGUUCUUUAAUAGAACAGCAGAAGAAUUCGAAUUCAUCAACUAUUGUUUAGACU